UGAGUGAAAAGCCGAUGCAGCGUACCGGAAAGUUGGACGGAAACAUGAAAGGAGUUUUCUUUUUGCAAUUUUACGCAUUUUGGGUGUGUAGGUAGUUUAGAGCUUACACAAAGGGACAUAAUAUCUUCUUCCUCUUCUUUUGUUUGUAUCGGAAGAAAGCAAGAAAGAACGAGAGAACGUUCUAAGGUUGGUUUGAAUCGGAAGGAGAUAUUUGAGAGAGCCAAAUCUGGAGCCUGCCGAAGGUAAGCAGAUCCGUUACAGAUCGCCUUCCUCGGCUGAACUGCUCGAGUCUCAGACUAAUUCUCCGCCGUCCGAUCAGAUGCUGAAGCGCUCCGGCCGAGGGAGCACUGACUCCCUCCCUGACAAGCUCUACAAGUACCGCAGUCUCCUCCUCCUCAUCUCCGUCCCUCUUCUCCUCUUGACCUUCGUCUUCUACGUCAUGCCCUCCCAGACUCAGAUUCACUCCUCCAUUCCCUCCAAGACCUCCUACGCCGUCAUCUUCGACGCCGGAAGCUCCGGCAGCCGCGUCCACGUCUUCUCCUUUGACCACAACCUCAAUCUCCUCCCCAUCGGUAAGGAUCUCGAGCUCUUCAUUCAGACCAAGCCCGGUCUCAGCUUCUACGCCUCCAACCCUCGCAGUGCCGCCCAGUCACUCACAGAUCUCCUCCAGAAGGCCGAGGCCGCCGUUCCCAAGGACCUCCGUCCCUUCACUCCCGUCCGCGUCGGCGCUACUGCCGGCCUCCGUGCCCUCGGUGCGGAUGCUUCCGAUCGCAUUCUCCGGGCCGUCAGGGAUUUGCUCAAACAGUCCAGCUCCCUCAUCUCCCGAUCCGAUUCCGUUACUGUCAUCGACGGAACUCAGGAGGGCUCGUUCCAGUGGGUCACUAUCAACUAUCUUCUCGGCAAUUUGGGGAAGCAAUACUCUGAUACUGUUGGGGUGGUUGAUCUCGGCGGCGGAUCUGUUCAAAUGGCUUACGCUAUCUCCGACGCUGAUGCUGCAAAGGCGCCUAGGCUUUCCGACGGCGAGGAUGUAUAUGUAAGGAAAAUGUCUCUUAAAGGAACAAAUUAUAACCUCUACGUUCACAGUUAUCUGCAUUACGGGUUACUGGCGGCUCGAGCUGAGAUUUUAAAGGCUUCUGAUGUUUCUGGCAACCCCUGUAUUUUAGAGGGUUAUGAUGGUUUUUACAAAUAUGGAGGAGAAACUUUUAAAGCUUCCUCAUCUGGAUCAAGCCUAGAGGGUUGCAGGAGAGUAAUUCUGAAGGCACUUAAAGUAAAUGAAGAGACAUGUACACACAUGAAAUGCACAUUUGGCGGGGUGUGGAAUGGUGGAGGAGGGGAUGGACAAAGGAACCUUUUUGUUGCCUCAUUUUUCUUUGACAGAGCUGCGGAGGCUGGAUUUGUUAACGCAAAAGAACCUGUUGCCAAAGUUCACCCUGGAGACUUUGAGGAGGCAGCUAAGCGUGCUUGUCAAACUAAACUGGAGGAUGCCAAAUCCACAUAUCCACAAGUUGAAGAGGACAACCUGCCUUACUUGUGCAUGGAUCUUGUCUACCAGUUUACAUUGCUUGUAGAUGGAUUUGGUUUAAAUCCAUGGCAAGAGAUUACGUUGGUGAAGAAAGUUAAAUAUAACAAUGCCUUGGUUGAAGCAGCAUGGCCACUAGGCAGUGCCAUAGAGGCGGUUUCCACAUUAAAAUGACAGCUUGCAGAUCACACUGGGUUGAAAAAUACAGUGAGUCUUUGAUUAUAUUGGCAUCUGCAGUGUUUGAGCUCCAUUCCUUUUUUUGGUAAUGCUCAGAAGCCAACCUCAGUUAUUGAUACUGGGUCGAAUUGAAAUUGCAUUUGGUCUCUAUUUUGGGAAUAACGAGUAUAGUUUAAUUUAUCCCUAUUUGUAAGUAGUCUGACUAUCAAUUCUUGAGGUUAUAGUUUGAUUGAUUAGUUCUGAAGUUUUGGCGGCGGAGUAAACAUAA